AUGCAGUUCCACCUCAAUGGCUUUAAGGGUUCUGAAGAUCCCCUAAAGCUUCAAUUUGAAGGGGAGCAAGAGCCGGACUUCCAGUCCUCACUACCCGAGGAAGUGGAUGUCCUGAUCGUAGGAGCUGGCCCAGCCGGUCAAUUGCUAGGCGCGCAGCUCGCCCGCUUUCCAAAGAUUACGACCCGUAUCAUUGAGUCGAAAUAUGGGCGCCUGCAACAAGGUCAAGCGGACGGUCUGCAAUGCCGCACGGUAGAGAUCUUCGAAGCGUUUGGGUUCAGUGAGCGGGUCUUGAAAGAAUCGUAUUGGGUGAACGAAACUACCUUCUGGACUCCGACCGAGGAUGGCAAGGGUAUACAUAGAACAGGCAGGAUUCGGGAUACGGAGGAAGGUCUUAGCGAAUUUCCACACGUCAUCUUGAACCAGGCAAGACUGCAUGAUUUGUGGUUGGAUGCUAUGAAGUGGAGUCCGACGAGACUAGAGCCAAGCUACAGCAGGCAGAUGGUGGACAUGCAGAUACCGGAGAGUGGUCCGGUUGAGGUCACAGUCGAGCGGCUGGAUGAGGCUCACAAGGGGCAGAAGGAGACAGUCAGGGCAAAGUAUGUGGUCGGCUGUGAUGGCGCAAGAAGUGGCGUGCGGCGAGCGCUGGGCUUGGAGAUGAAGGGCGACUUCGCGAAUCAAGCUUGGGGUGUGCUGGACGCAUUGUACGUCACUGACUUUCCGGACAUCCGACUCAAAACGACCAUACAUUCGCCCAACGAAGGGAGCAUGGUCCUCAUACCGCGCGAAGGCGGUUACCUCGCUCGCUUCUACAUUUCGUUAGAGAAGCUGCAGCAAAACGAGCGCAUUGCCAGCAAGAAUGUCACCGCCGACAUGCUCGUAGAUAGGGCGCAGCGGAUCUUCAAACCUUUCAACUUCGACGUCCGACAUAUCGCGUACUGGUCCGUGUACGAAGUCGGUCAAAGACUGACAGACCACUUCGAUGACGUGCCAGAAGCACAAUGCAACGAGCGCUCGCCGCGAGUCUUCGUCGCCGGAGACGCCUGCCACACCCACUCCGCAAAAGCCGGUCAGGGCAUGAACGUGUCCAUGAACGACGCCUUCAACCUUGGGUGGAAACUGGCUGGUGUACUACACGGUCUUUUGGAUCCAAAGCUGCUCCAUACGUACAACGACGAGCGGCAACCAAUCGCGAAGCUGCUCAUCGAUUUCGAUCGUGAGAUAGCGCGCCUGUCUGCCGCAAAGCCCAAGACAAAGGACGGCGCCGACGCAGAAGACGCAAUAGAUCCACACGUCUUCCAAGCGUACUUCGAGCGGCAGGGGCGCUUCAUGGCAGGCGUUGAGACCAGAUAUGCGCCCGGUAUGCUCACAUCAGCCGAUACAUCUCACCAGCAACUCGCCAAGGGCUUUGAAAUCGGGAAGCGCUUCCUCUCAGCCAAAGUCUUACGGCUAGCAGACGCCAAGCCUGUGCACCUUGGACACGUUAUGGACGCAGACGGCCGGUGGCGCAUAGUUCUUUUCGGCGAUAAAGCCGACCCAACGUCACCAUCUUCACCAAUCUCCAAGACCUGCGAUUACCUGUACAAUCAUCUCCUACCCAAAUAUACGCCCGUCAAAGCCGACAUAGACAGCGUCAUAGACGUCCGAGCCGUGCUGCAGCAACCGCGGAAAAGCAUCGUCAUCAACGACCUCCCUUCGAUGCUACUUCCGCACAAAGGCGUCUUUGGCAUUCAGGACUACGAGAAGGUCUUCACGGAUGAAGAGAGCUAUGGCUUUGGGUUCGGUGAGAUUUACAAGAACCGAGAGGUCGAUCAAGAGAAAGGCUGUUUGAUUGUGGUGAGGCCGGAUCAGUAUGUCAGCGCUGUCCUGCCGUUAAGUGGAGAUGCAGCCGAGAAAGGGCUUGAGGAGCUAUUUAGAGGUUUCAUGCUAUUGCAGAAGCGUGCGGUCAACGGUAUGGCUAAUGGAGAUGGGCAGCAUGCUUAG